GAAGCGGACGCCUAAACCCUAAAACCGACCAGUCGAAGGGAGGGGGAGGCGAAGCACCCUAGUGGCGGGGGAGGCGAAGGUGAACGACCGCAUCUGCACCCUGCGAAGCACGUUUUAAAACAACUGGGAAGACAGAAGGGGAAUCAUUACUUCUCUUAUUCUUAUUUCCCGAGAGGAUGAGGAAGAAGGUGGACGACCGUAUCCGCACGCUAAUCGAGAAUGGGGUCAAACUCAGGCAUCGUUCCAUGUUGAUAAUUGUGGGAGACAAGUCCCGUGAUCAGAUUGUGAACCUGCAUUAUAUGCUAAGCAAGGCAGUUGUGAAGUCACGCCCGACAGUGCUUUGGUGUUACAAAGAUAAGCUUGAGCUAAGCAGUCAUAAGAAAAAGCGCUCAAAGCAGAUAAAGAAGCUGCUGCAAAGGGGAUUGCUUGAUCCUGAGAAAGUGGAUCCUUUUUCUCUUUUUGUUGAAAGUGGAAAUUUAACAUAUUGCUUGUAUAGAGAUUCAGAAAGAAUUCUUGGAAAUACAUUUGGGAUGUGCAUUUUACAGGACUUUGAGGCAUUGACGCCCAAUCUUCUAGCAAGGACUAUUGAGACAGUUGAGGGCGGUGGGCUUGUAAUUUUGUUGCUCCGUUCUCUUUCUUCUCUUACUAGCCUCUACACCAUCGUGAUGGAUGUGCAUGAAAGAUUCCGAACAGAGUCUCAUUCUCAUGCUGUUGCUCGAUUUAAUGAACGAUUCCUUUUAUCUGUUGCCUCGUGUAAGGCGUGUGUUGUAAUGGAUGACGAGCUUAACAUUUUGCCAAUAUCCUCUCAUACGAGAUCAGUUCAACCUGUAUCAAUAAUGGAGGAUGCUGAAGGCUUAUCAGAAAGGGAGCGAGAAUUAAAGAACCUCAAAGAUCAAUUUCAUGAUGAUUUUCCUGUGGGCCCACUGAUUGGGAAGUGUUGCACAAUGGACCAGGGAAAAGCUGUUGUCACAUUUCUUGAUGCAAUUCUGGACAAAACAUUACGCAGUACCGUUGCCUUGAUUGCUGCCCGUGGACGUGGAAAAUCUGCUGCUCUGGGACUUGCUAUUGCUGGAGCUGUUGCUGCAGGAUACUCAAAUAUAUUUGUCACUGCACCUAGCCCAGAGAAUCUUAAGACAUUAUUUGACUUUGUUUGCAAGGGGAUCAAUGCAUUAGAAUACAAGGAACACCUACACUAUACUGUGACGAAGAGCGACGAACCAGAUUUGAAGAAAUCAACAGUUAAGAUAGAUAUCUACAAGCAACAUCGCCAAACAAUUCAGUACCUUAGACCACAGGACCAUGGGAAACUUUCUCAAGUUGAGCUCCUAGUUAUUGAUGAAGCUGCUGCUAUUCCACUACCAGUUGUGAAGUCCUUGCUUGGGCCUUAUCUUGUCUUUCUAUCAUCAACUGUCAAUGGCUAUGAAGGCACUGGUCGUUCUUUAUCAUUGAAGCUACUCCAGCAAUUGGAAUCGCAGAGCCAAAUGAGUGCACAAAAUGGUGACGAAUCUCAUACUGGUAGGCUUUUCAAGAAGAUUGAAUUGCACGAGUCUAUCAGAUAUGCUACUGGGGAUCCAAUUGAAUCUUGGCUUAAUGAAUUACUUUGCUUGGAUGUUGCAAAUUACAUUCCAAAUAUCACUAGACUUCCACAUCCAAGUGAAUGUGACCUUUACUAUGUCAACCGAGAUACACUUUUCUCAUAUCACAAGGAGAGUGAGAUAUUUUUACAGCGCAUGAUGGCCCUUUAUGUUGCUUCUCACUACAAAAAUUCACCUAAUGACUUACAAUUGAUGGCUGACGCGCCAUCCCAUCACUUGUUUGUGUUGCUUGGUCCAGUUGAUGAAUCAAAAAAUACUCUUCCAGAUAUUUUGUGUGUUGUUCAGGUUUGCCUUGAAGGACAAAUAUCACGCAAGUCGGCAAUUAAAAGUCUAAGUGAAGGUCGCCAACCUUUUGGUGAUCAGAUACCUUGGAAAUUUUGUGAACAAUUUCAAGACAAUGUCUUUCCAACACUAUCUGGAGUUAGAAUUGUGAGGAUUGCAGUUCAUCCAAGUGCCUUGAGGCUCGGAUAUGGCUCUACUGCAGUGGAACUAUUGUCAAGAUAUUAUGAAGGACAAUUGACACAUUUUGCUGAGGAAGAUGUUGAACCGGCUGAGGACUCUGAAGUGAAAGUCACUGAAGUUGCAGAGAAGGUGUCCUUGCUAGAAGAAAAAAUUGUGCCUAGAACUAAUCUUCCACCUCUUCUGGUUCAUCUUCAUGAGCGACAUCCAGAAAAACUUCACUUCAUGGGUGUGUCUUUUGGACUUACACUCGACCUUUUCCGCUUUUGGAGAAAGCACAAUUUUUUCCCAUUCUACAUCGGUCACAUUCCAAGUGCUGUCACUGGUGAGCACACAUGCAUGUUAGUGAAGCCAUUUAACAAUGAUGAUAUUGAAGUCAAUGAGUCAAAUGAGCAUGGUUUUUUUGAGCCUUUCUAUCAGGAUUUCAGGCAGCGGUUUUUACGACUUUUGAGUACCACAUUUCAAAAACUUGAUUAUAAGCUCUCAAUGAGCAUUUUGGCAUCAAAGAUACAUUUUGCAGAGCAUGAACAUGACUUGCCUAUCUCUAAUGGUUGCAUUAACGGAUUGGAGGAAUUAUUGUCCCCUCAUGAUAUGAAACGACUUGAAGCAUACACAAAUAAUUGUGUUGACUAUCAUAUGAUUCUAGAUCUAUUGCCCAUCCUUGCGCGUAAGUAUUUCCAAGAGAAGAUUCCUGUCACGUUGUCUCCUGUCCAAGCUUCUGUGUUAUUCUGCUUGGGAUUGCAGAACAAAGAUGUUGGAGAUAUCAAGGAAGAAAUGAAGCUAGAAAGAGAGCAAAUACUAUCUUUGUUCAUUAAAGUGAUGAAGAAGUUUUACAAUUAUCUUUAUAAGACAGCAACCAAGGAAACUGAUGAGACUCUUCCGCGCCUCAAGAUUGACAUGGCUCCUCACAUCAAGUCUGUGGAUGAAGAACUCAAUGAGGCAGCCAAGGAGGUUAGGGAAAAAAUGAAGGCUGAAAGUGAUGUAGUUUUGGACCCAGAAUACUUGCAGCAAUAUGCUAUUGCAGACGAAGAAGGGGAAUUUGAUAAGGCUCUUGAAAAUGGAACUAAGGUUUCAUCUAGCGGCAUCCUUAGUGUUAAAUCUAAUAGGAAGUGGAACGCCCACAGCGAUCAUACAUCUGAUAAGAGGGAUAAGGGCAAGAGGAAAGGGAAACAUGGUGACAAAUCAAGAUCGAAUAAAAAGAAGAGAAUAUAGAUUUUCUUAGUAACCUCUUAUCCAAAUUAUUGUACCCAUGUUCCUAGAUUUCGAUUAGUUUAAAAUUUUGCUCCAUUUACUGUGUUGUAUCUUUAUAUUUAAUGAAAUUACAGCUUUUUAUUAUUUUUUUUUUAAUGUUUUCCCCUAUAUUGUCCUCGUAUACUUUUCACAAGCUAAUACAGUAUUAGUCUUGUACUUGGUUUGUAAUUUA